UUUUUUUAAAUAGCGUUGAAAAGAAAAGAACAUGAAUUUUCUCGAAACAAAAUCAGGACACGCCAUGGGAAAGCUAUUACUUCCGGUUGGUUGCUAUGCCAACAUUUGAACAACUUGUAAAAGAAAAAGAGAGAGAGAGAGAGAGAGAGAGAGACGCGCUUUAUUCACUUUGGAUUUUACAUGUAAAUAUGAGUCAGCGACAGGUUUUGCAAGUCUUUGAGCAGUACCAGAAAGCACGAACACAGUUUGUACAAACAAUUGCAGAAUUUGCAACAAGACCACAAAAUAUUGAAACACUACAAAAUGCAGGUGUAAUGUCCCUUCUGAGGCCUCUUCUGCUGGAUGUGGUCCCAACUAUCCAGCAGACGGCGGCUCUGGCUCUCGGCAGGCUUGCCAACUAUAACGAUGAUCUGGCGGAGGCAGUGGUGAAAGGAGACAUUCUCCCACAGCUUGUUUAUUCUCUGGCUGAGCAGAACCGCUUCUAUAAGAAGGCAGCAGCGUUUGUCCUCCGGGCAGUUGCUAAGCACUCUCCAGAGCUGGCCCAAGCUGUGGUGGACUGUGGUGCUCUAGAUGCCCUCGUCGUCUCCCUGGAGGAGUUUGAUCCUGGAGUAAAGGAGGCUGCAGCUUGGGCACUGGGUUACAUCGCCCGCCAUAAUGCACAGUUGUCUCAGGCAGUUGUGGACGCUGGGGCAGUUCCUCUACUUGUUCUGUGCAUCCAGGAGCCUGAGAUCGCCCUGAAGAGGAUCGCUGCCUCGUCUUUGAGUGACAUUGCCAAGCACUCACUAGAGCUUGCUCAAACCGUGGUAGACACAGGAGCCAUUGCCCACCUGGCCCAGAUGACCCUCAAUCCCGAUGCCAAACUAAAGAGGCAUGUGCUCUCAGCUCUCAGCCAGAUGGCUAAGCACUCUGUGGACCUGGCGGAGAUGGUAGUGGAAGCUGAGAUUUUCCCUGCUGUGUUGGCUUGCCUCAAGGACCCAGACGAGUAUGUCAGGAAAAACGUCACUACCCUGAUGCGGGAGAUCACGAAACACACCCCUGAGCUUUCCCAAAUGAUUGUGAAUGCAGGGGGUGUAGCAGCUGUAAUCGACUAUCUCGGGGACUCCAGGGGGAAUGUGCGUCUUCCUGGUAUUAUGAUGCUGGGUUAUGUAGCUGCACACUCAGAGAACCUCGCCAUGGCUGUCAUUGUAUCUAAGGGGGUGCCACAGCUUGCUAUUUGCCUGGUGGAGGAGCCAGAAGAUCACAUCAAGGCAGCCACAGCCUGGGCGUUCGGGCAGAUCGGGCGACACACGCCCGAGCACGCACGUGCUGUGGCGGCGGCCAAUGUGCUCCCCAAACUGCUCGGCCUCUACCUGGACACGCAGUGCUCCGAGGACCUGCAAGUCAAGGCAAAGAAAGCCCUGAAGAAUAUCCUUCAGAAGUGCACCCAUCUCCCAGGGCUGGAGCCUCUUCUCUAUGAAGCUCCCAGCAACAUUCUCAAACAUGUCAUCUGUCAGUUCAGCAAGGUUCUUCCUCACGACAGUAAAGCACGCCGUUUGUUUGUGACCAGUGGGGGGCUGAAGAAAGUGCAGGAGAUCAAAGCAGAGCCAGGCUCUGCUCUUCAGGAAUACAUCAAUGCCAUUAACAACUGCUACCCUGAAGAGAUAGUCAGGUACUACUCCCCUGGAUACUCUGAAGCAUUGCUGGAAAGGGUAGAAAACUAUCAACCGGCUUAAGGUGGACCAUUUGUUAGCCUUUGGGACUCUAGCCUUUAUUAAAUGCCUUUAUUAAAAUUCAUGGUACUUGCUGUAAUAUUGCAGUCUUUCUUAGCCUUUGUUGCUUUCUACUUUAUGUAGGCCUAAUAUAUCAUCUUUUAUUAGUAAAGAAGAUACUUGUAUGAACUCACACACUGAAUUUUCAUAUUGCUUCAAAGUCUGCAACAUUAACACUUGUAGCUAUUUAUGUUAAUUAUAUGUAGGUCUGACAUGUUUAUGGAUUCAGCUAACUACAUAUAGUCAACCUAUGAAUAAACCGACAGAAAAAUG